UGGCGGCUGCUUGUUUAGCACAGAUCUGAUGAUUAUCAGAUGAAUCUGAUGUGUGUGUGUUUGUGAGGUGUUUUAACUCUCUCUGCUGUGUGUUAGAUCACUUAAACAUGUCUGAUUCGGAGGAGGAGAGUCAGGAGCGGCAGCUGAAGCUGGUGUUAGUCGGGGACGGAGCUUCAGGGAAGACGUCACUCGCCACUCGAUUCUCACAGGAGACGUUCGGGAAGCAGUACAAACAGACCAUAGGACUCGAUUUCUUCCUCAAGAGAAUCACACUGCCUGGGAACCUGAACGUGACGCUUCAGGUGUGGGACAUCGGGGGACAAACGAUCGGAGGAAACAUGCUGGAUAAAUAUAUCUACGGGGCUCAGGGGGUUCUCCUGGUGUAUGACAUCACUAAUGCUCAGAGUUUUGAGAAUUUGGAGGACUGGUACUGUGCGGUGAAAAAGGCAAACGAGGACUCGGACACAAAACCUGUUGUAGCACUGGUGGGCAACAAGAUUGAUCUGGAGCACAUGAGGACGGUGAAGUUGGAUAAACAUCAGCGCUUCUGUCAGGAGAACGGCAUCAUCAGCCAGUUUGUAUCGGCCAAAACCGGAGACUCGGUAUUUCUGUGUUUCCAGAGAGUUGCAGCUGAGAUUUUGGGAAUCAAACUGAAUAAAGCAGAAAUGGAGCAGUCACAGAGGGUGGUCAAGGCUGAUAUAGUGAACUACAGUCAGGAAUCGGUGGCUCGAACCGUCAGCACUCCACGCAGCUCCAUGUGUGUAAUACAGUGAUUUGUACCUGUGUGUCCCAAAACGUACUGAGAGACUGUAAACACAUACACACACACACACACACACACACACACACACACACACACACACACACACACACACACACACACACACACA